AUUCAGACAUUAAACUCAAUGUGGAGGUUGUGUCAUUUAAACUAGACUGGUCUAGGAAGGAUAGAAAGUGACUACAAAAUCCGUCUGAAAGAGGAUUCUGUCCCCUAUGCCCUUAUACCACCCCCGCUGGGUGCCUAUCCCUUUUAUUGGCCAGAGUAAAGGAAGAGUUGGGGAGGAUGGAAGAAAUUGGGCCGGUGUCUAAAAUAGAGAGUCCCACAGACUGGUGUGCAGGGAUUGUGGUGGUCCCAAAAGCCAAUGGGGACAUAAGGAUCUGUGUGGACAUGACUAAAUUGAAUGAGGCACUCUGCAGAGAGAGACACAUCUUACCAUCAGUGGAGCAGUCAGUGGCUCAGUUGGAUGGCUCACAAGUCUUCACAAAGCUGGAUGCCCGCUCAGGUUUCUGGCAGAUACCGCUGUCAUCAGAGAGUAGGACACUCACAACAUUUAUAACACCGUUUGGCCGUUACUGUUUUAAUGUUUUGCCAUUUGUAAUCGCCUGAGCAUUUCCAAAGACGCAUGUCCCAGCUGUUGGAGGGGCUGAGUGGCUUCAUAGUCCACGCGGACGAUGUGCUCGUGUGCGGAAGGGACAGAGCAGAACAUGAUGUAAGGCUCACAGCAGUUCUGACCCGACUCCAGGAGACUGGCCUAACACUCAAUGAAAAAUGAACUUUUGCACAAUCAGAGGUCUUGUACUUGGGACACAAAAUCAGUGCAGCUGGAAUAGAGCCGGACCCAGAGAAGAUCAGCGCCAUCACAGAUAUGCCCAGACCCCAGAAUGUGGCUGAAGUCAGGACCUUAGGCAUGGUCACAUAUGUGGCCCGGUACCACCAGUGCCGGCACCAGGCCUACAGUGCGCCACGGCAGUCCGGAACCUCCGACGGGCCACAGCCCGGAACCUCCAGCGACGUGCCACAGCCAGCCCGGAACCUCCAGCGACGUGCCACAGCCAGCCCGGAACCUCCAGCGACGUGCCACAGCCCGGAACCUCCAGCGACUGGCCACAGCCCGGAACCUCCAGCGACUGGCCACAGCCCGGAACCUCCAGCGACGGGCCACAGCCCGGAACCUCCAGCGACGGGCCACAGCCCGGAACCUCCAGCGACGGGCCACAGCCCGGAACCUCCAGCGACGGGCCACAGCCCGGAACCUCCAGCGACGGGCCACAGCCCGGAACCUCCAGCGACGGGCCACGGGUCAGUGCUACAAGAGCGGACUCAGUGUAAAGAAGGGGGGCGGCGUCCAGAACCAGAGCCGCCACCGAGUGUUCGUUCUUCCAUUAAAAGAUGUACGCUUACCACGCAGCGCCUUGGUCUCCUCACGAUGAUGAACGUGACAAUUUCACGGGAAUUAGACACAGGUCGUGGUGCAGCCCAACCUCCAGCAUCAGCCCAACCUCCAGUUAAAGGCCCAGACCCAGCACCACUCCCAUCUCCAGGCCCAGCUCCACUCCCAUGUCCAGCUCCACUCCCAUCUCCAUGUCCAGCUCUAGGCCCAGCACCACCCCCAGCUGCAAACAGAUAUUCUAAAAUAAUCAGCAGACACGUUGGCCCAUAAAAAACAUUAACAAGUGGUGGAUGGCCAUAUAUACAGUGGGGCAAAAUAGUAUUUAGUCAGCCACCAAUUGUGCAAGUUCUCCCACUUAAAAAGAUGAGAGACCUGUACUUAUUUUCCACCAUAAUUUGCAAAUAAAUUCAUUACAAAUCCUACAAUGUGAUUUUCUGGAUAUUUUUUCUCAUUUUGUCUGUCAUAGUUGAAGUGUACAUAUGAUGAAAAUUAAAGGCUUCUCAUCUUUUUAAGUGGGAGAACUUGCACAAUUGGUGGCUGACUAAAUACUUUUUCGCCCCACUGUAGUAAAGCACACUGUUGACCUUUAGCGAGAGCAGUGGCCACAAUGGGUAUCUGUUCAAAGGGAAUGUCAUGAUUGUCUAAAGUAAUGGGUAAAGUCUCUGCCUGAACUGUACAUGUCAAUGUUGUGCAUUUCAAUGACCAAUACAAUUCUGCAUUAAAACAUUGUAGAGAGCAUCGCAUCUUACUAAUUGUAAACUUGAUGACACGGCCUGCCUCAAAUGGUAGAUAGUUGAGCCAUGCCAUAGUGGGAGGGCUUUUUUAAAGCUCUAUCCCACCUGGCAUGCCCUUUACUUCAAUGUCCACCUUCUUGGCAGCCACAGCCAUCUAUGGAGCUCUGCCAUUUCCACCAUUUUCAUCUAAACAGAAAUAAAGCUUUAUAGGUUAUAUAUAUGUAUACUGUAGCUAAGAAAGUAAGUGUAGUACUAAGGGUAUGUUGUGUGUUAAGCUAUUAGUACCUCAAGUGCCUCACCAUAAUAAUUUGGUAUAUUUUCACAUCUUAAUUUUGCCUACUGUUCUGACAUGUAGUAUAUAACCUGUUUUUGAGAAAUGUAAUCAUCAAAUAUUGUAAGAGCUUUCAUUGUCUGCUUAUAUGCCCCCUUUAUUUAUCAUACCGUUCUGACUUGGUGUACAGGGAGAACACCGUAAGAACAGCCCAUGUUCUGAAUUCUGUCGCUGUAUAUUUUCAAAAAAGCUGAACAAAUAGUUAUAUUGACUAUGUCUAUCCUAGCUCGCUCAUUAAUGUCUUAAUCGAAAUUACAGAUUGCCUCUAAUCCGCUUGGGGUCCUUUUAUGCCAUAGUUUGUACAUCUCAAUUGUCAUUGGAAACCAGAUUUGUUUAAGCAAGUCAGCCAUAUCAGCUAUGUUUUUUUAAAGCCAGUAAAUGAGGCUGAAUUAACUGUUUGGCUGCCAGACAAGGCUCCGCUGAUAGCCAGGUGUAGCAAUGGUAAGGUGUUGGGACAGCUUUAUGUAGGCCCUAACAGUUUGUGGGCAACGUUUGUCACCUUUAUAGUGAAAUUAAUGUAUUGUUUUGUGUUGUGUAGUGGCUUUGCUGGCAUGCAACCUACAUUUUUCUUUUGACCCACCAAGAUUUACAUGCUAAAAUUGCCACUGCAUAUCAAAGUAGUGUAGUGGAGGUAUACGCUGUAUCAAUUUAAAAAGCUGAUGGAAAAGAUCAGAAUGUUCAGCUUAAACUUUUGAUAAAUGAUUAUUUCUUCACAUUUUAGGCGUUGCAAUCUGCACACGGCGGUAGUCCUACAUGAGAAUGUCCCAAAUUGCAAUUUGCGCAAACACCGUUCUAAAAUGUGCACUGCACAUGCCAGUAGUUUCAUAGACAGUGAUGGAAAUAUAAAUUAUAAAUGUAGAACGCAUAUGAGGAAAAAAUAAUAGCCUCCAUGUUUCUAUGGAGGGAAUUUGACUAUCGGAUACUUUGAAACAAGGUAAAACAUAGCUCAAAAUAUGAAGUAAAACGUCCAGGUUUCAAACAGGUAAAAUAUAGCGAUGCUAAUGAUAGGCUUAACAGUCUUCUGGUAGAUGGAAAGGCCUUCCCAAAAACCUUCUCAAUUAAAUGUUAACUAUCUACAAAGUGCCCUCCCACUGAGUACAGACGUCAAUUCGAUAUCUAUUCCACGUUGGUUCAAUGUAAUUUCAUUGAAAUGACAUGGAAACAACGUUGAUUCAACCAAUGUGUGCCUGGUGGGCUAUGCCUACCUGGCAGAAUAAUAUCAUGAUUAUUUGCAUCAAUUCAGUGGCCAUUUGUUUUGCAAACUCCAUCUCAUGUGCAACAGAAACACUGCUAACCAAACAACAAUGCUAGGUGCCUGUGUACUUGAAUUAAAGGGUAACUAUACUCAAAUCAACAUUUCUUAGAUUUUCCCAGACCUCAAAAGUGGUCUCCUAAUUUAGGUUUAAGCCUUGUUAUGGACAUAGAACAUACAAUGCUGUUGUUUUUUUCUACAUAAAAAAGUGACUUUGACAGCGAAAACCUGAAAAAAAUGGCAGAAAUCAGAAACCUGUUAAUUUCUGGCUCAGUUGACAGUAAUUUAUCUGUUUCAUUAGCAAGCCUACUAUUAGCCUACUUGCACACAGUGGUGAGGUGCUCUCUUUUUUAAGUGAGGGAGCGCAACAAAAUUGUAAAUAACAGCAUGAUUUCCUCAAUCCAACUUUGUACCAACAGAUGUAGCCAUUUGAAAAGCCUAUCAUAUAAUAUGCACAUUGUCAUGUUCUGACCAUCGUUCUUGUGUGUUUUUCUUGUUUUAGUGUUGGUCAGGACGUGAGCUGGGUGGGCAUUCUAUGUUGUGUGUCUGGUUUGUCUAUUUCUAUGUUUGGCCUGAUAUGGUUCUCAAUCAGAGGCAGGUGUUAGUCAUUGUCUCUGAUUGGGAACCAUAUUUAGGUAGCCUGUUUUGUGUUGGGUUUUGUGGGUGAUUGUUCCUGUCUUUGUUUGUGGCACCAUAUAGGACUGUUUCGGUUUUUUCACGUUUCUUGUUUUUGUAGAUUGUUGUAUUUUCAUCUUUAUUAAAGAUGUACAAAACUAACCACGCUG